AUGCGCAUUCCUAUCGCCGUGCAGCUCGCGCUGCUGGUUCUGUUGACCACAUUACUGGGGAUUGCCGUUCUAGCGAUUGCGACAUGGGUUACUACAUAUGACUUUGUUAUUGGAGUCGAAUCCAACAGUCUAGAGCUUGUUGCGACCAUCAAGGCGAGCCAAAUCGCAUCUAGCCUCGAUCUCGUGGAAGUGACCUGCAAGACAAUUGCGACGCGCCUGCUGGUCCAGUCGGCUCUAAGACGCUACUACGCUGGCAAUACCUCGGCAAGCAACUGGGUGACCUCUACUGAGGAUGUUCAAUCAGCCUUGGGAAACCGAGGAUAUCUUGACCUCUACCAAGCCUCGGUAUAUUCAAGUGAGGGGUCAAACGGGUUAAGCAAUUAUACCAGUCGGCUUCUCAAUGUCACUGGGAGCACCACACCUCAAAUCAACCUUCCAUACACCUACCCGAACGGGACCUCCGUCCAAUUAGGAGAUGAUGGCUUGGGAUACCCGCCCACGCUCUACCCCAAUUUGACGUACAGCACCUCAACCAACGACUCAACAAUCAUUCAUGCAUUCCAGGAUUACCCUCUUGGCUUAACGUCGGCAUUGCUAUUGGGUCCACUCGCAAUUAACUCCUCCUUCUCCUUGAUGUCUCUAACACUCCCAAUCAUCAACAACACCAGUAACACCGAUCUAUUGGGAUUUAUAACGGUCGUUGCCAGCGCUGCAAAUCUUCAGAGCGUAUUAAGCUCGACAGAUGGAUUGGGCACCACGGGCCAAGCCCUUCUCCUUGGUCCCUCGAGACCCGAAAAUACCUUUGCCUCCACCGCCCAACCCGCCACGGCAACGUCUGCUCCAGAUACGAACGCCCUCAAGCAAGCGAAGGUACACUACGUCUUCCAGCCUACACCCACAUCAGGACAGACCAACCGCCAUCUCGGUAUUUCCACCACCGACUCGUUCACUCUCUCACAAUACCCGAUAGCCCUGAAAUUGAUGCUCGAAUCGUACGCGGAUGACGACAAGGCCAUCAGCGAUUUGACGACGAAGAACGAAAAAAACAAGACUGUGGCGGUUGGAGCAAUUCGACCACAAAGCAGCCUGGUUCAAUGGAUCCUGCUGGUGGAAGAGACCCACUCAGAAGCAUAUUCUCAAGUGGUCCGGCUGAGGAAGAUCAUCCUUGCCUGUGUUUUUGGGGUUGCUGGCUUAAUAAUCUUGAUCGUCCCGCUGAUGACCCACUUCUGGACGGCGCCUAUACGAAGCCUAAGAGAGGCCGCAAGCAAAUCGGUGCAUUCGCAAUACGCACCCCUGCCCGACGGAAGUCGAUCGGGACAAGAUGAAACAGACAUGACUCAGAGUGCACUGCGAGACGUGGAAAGUGAAGGCAACGAGAAACAUCCCUUUGCUCUGAUCAAACGCCUUCGUGGUCCAUUGGAGAGGCUGAACGGCACCCCCAAUGUCAUCGCCCAAGGGGCCCAAGGUCCCUUUCAGAUUCCACGCAGAGUCAAGGAGCGCCGCCACUGUGUGACAGACGAACUGACGGAACUCACCAAAACAUUCAAUGAAAUGUCAGAUGAGCUGACGAUCCAAUACAAUCGACUAGAGGAGCGAGUGAUCGAGCGGACCCGAGAGCUAGAGAAAGCAAAGCUUGCAGCCGAAACCGCGAACGAGAGCAAGACCCUCUUUAUUGCUAACAUUUCCCACGAACUCAAAACACCAUUGAACGGAAUCUUGGGAAUGUGUGCUGUCUGUAUGGGAGAGGACGAUCUUUCACGAAUCAAGAAGUCCCUACAGGUUGUCUACCAGUCGGGCGACCUUCUUCUCCACUUACUGAACGAUUUGUUGACAUUCAGCAAGAACCAAAUUGAACAGGCCAUCCAGCUGGAGGAGAAGGAGUUCAAAUUAUCCGACGUCAGGGCACAGCUCGCUAUUAUCUUCCAAAACCAGGUACACGAGAAGAAUAUCGAUUUCAGCAUUCACUGCGUAACCGGAAGCAGUCCUGCCUCUGAUGAACGAGCUGCUACGUUCUGUCUAGACCCAGUACACCAAAUCGAUUCAGCGGGCAAGCCCUCGCCGGUGAGGCUUAUGGAUAUGGUGCUAUAUGGCGAUCAGCAUCGUAUUCUCCAGGUUUUGAUCAACCUCGUGGGUAAUAGUUUGAAGUUCACGCCAGAGAAUGGCAAAGUGGAGGUUUGGAUUCGUUGUCUUGGUGAAGAGUCUAGCAGUGAUGGCUCCGCAACCAAAGAGAGACCUCCUGCCCUUCGAACCUUAAGCCUCAACAGCCGCCAGUCCUCUUCAGAUCAAACCGAAAAUAUCAUGCACGGGGCCAAGGAUAGUAUUUCCGAUCAACCUAGCCCCGGUCCGUUGGUAUUCCUGUUUGAGGUUCGCGACAACGGCCCCGGCAUUCCUCGCCACCUGCACAAGGCUAUCUUCCAGCCUUUCGUCCAAGGGGACCUGUCGUUGAAUCGCAAGUACGGAGGAACUGGCCUUGGUCUCAGUAUUUGUGCGCAGCUGUCUCGAAUUAUGGGUGGCACUGUUCUAGUGGAGAGCGAGGAGGGCAAAGGCUCUCUAUUCACCCUCCGACUACCAUUAAGAUUUGUUAAGGAGAUUGCCCCAAGUGUACAAAUUUCCAAUCCAGGAUCACGAACGCCUAGUGUUCUAUCCUUGGAGGAAUUCUCGAAUGCUGCGCGCACCCCUUCAAACCAAUCGAUCAAAGGCGAGCCUAUCACUACUAACUUCGACAAGUCAGACAUUGUUCAGCCUAGAUUGGUCGGUCUCAGCCAGCCAUUCUUCACGCCAACGGUACCUUCAUCCCCCCAGUCACCUCCACCUCAUCUCAAGACAUCAAGUCAAGGCAAGCCUGAAAUGGACGAAGGUUCCAGAAAGACCCGAGUCUUGGUCGCCGAGGAUAAUAAAGUGAACCAGGAGGUGGUUCGACGGAUGCUCGCGCUUGAGGACGUGUAUGAUGUGACGAUGGUCAAAGAUGGGCAAGAGGCCUACGACACUGUGAAAUCCAAUAUGGAAACAGGUACCGUGUUUGACCUCAUUUUCAUGGACAUCCAGAUGCCCAACCUGGACGGGAUCCAAAGCACACGGCUUAUCCGGGAAAUGGGUUAUUCUGCUCCAAUUGUGGCAUUAAGUGCUUUUGCAGACGAGAGCAAUGUCAAGGACUGCAUGGAGUCAGGCAUGGACAUGUUCAUUAGCAAACCUAUCCGACGGCCCGCACUGAAGCAAGUACUGAACAAAUUUGCAACGAUUCCCGAGGAAUGA